AUGGUCCAUCGUGUUGAGGCCAUCAUGAAUGGAACCCAUCGAGUCAACGGUGUAAACGGCCACCCUAAAGAUGGCUCCCUGCGACCAUCCAACGUCUCCGGCAAAUCUUCCACCCCCAUGGCUCCCGCAUUCAUGACUUCAGCUCCAGGCAAAGUCAUUGUCUUUGGUGAACAUGCUGUCGUCCACGGAAAAGCCGCAAUGGCUGCUUCCGUCUCCCUGCGAUCCUACCUCCUUGUGACCACUCUCUCCAAAUCACAGCGUACGAUCACUCUAGUCUUUCCGGAUGUCGGACUCGAUCACACAUGGAACAUUGAUGAUUUGCCAUGGAGCGUCUUCACCAAAACUGCACGAAAGCCUCGCUAUUACGACAUGGUCACCUCGCUGGAUCCGGAGUUGGUUCAGGCCAUGCAACCACAUAUUGAUGAAGUGUCGACCCAUUUGAAUGCGGAGAAGAGAAAGAGACAUCAAAAUGCCGCUUCUGCUUUCCUCUAUCUAUUUCUGUGUUUGAGCACUCCUGCCGCGCCCGCCUGCAUUUAUACCCUCCGCUCUACGCUACCGAUUGGUGCCGGACUUGGUUCUAGCGCCAGCAUCUGCGUAUGCAUCAGUGCUGCCCUCCUCAAGCAGAUUCAUGUUCUUUCUGGACCACAUCACGACCAACCAGAGGAAGAAGUGGAUCUACAACUCGAAAGAAUAAACAAAUGGGCCUUUGUUGGAGAAUUAUGCAUCCACGGUAAUCCCAGUGGAGUGGAUAACACGGUGUCCACAAGAGGAAGAGCUGUGCUCUUCAAGAGAGUGGACUAUUCCAAGCCACCCAGCGCGACACCGUUGAAAGAUUUUCCCGAACUCCCUCUCUUACUAAUUAACACCAAACACCCUCGCUCCACAGCUGCCGAGGUGGCCAAAGUGACAGCGUUGAAGGAAAAGUACCCCACGGUGACGGAGGCGACACUGGACAGCAUUGAUAAAGUCACAAUUUCGGCGCAUUCACUGAUCACGUCGGAUAAAUUUGACCCUACAUCCGAACCGAACCUCGAACAUCUGGGAGAUCUCUUUCGAAUCAAUCAUGGCCUUUUGGUCUCGCUUGGCGUGUCCCAUCCCAAGCUGGAGCAUAUCCGCGAACUGGUCGAUUAUGCCGACAUUGGAUGGACAAAGCUCACCGGCGCAGGAGGAGGUGGAUGCGCCAUCACCUUACUCAAGCGCGAUGUGGAUACCGAGGUCCUGCGUGACUUGAAAGAGCAGUUUGAAGCGGCUGGAUUCGAGGAGUACAAGACGACCCUAGGUGGUAGUGGAGUGGGGAUCUUGUAUCCUGCAGUCUUGCAUAAUGGCACCGACGAAGAAGGCGGUGAAGAAAUUGAUCAACAAAAAUUCCUCAAUGCCAGAGGAGAAGAAGGCAUUGAGACUUUGGUUGGUGUCGGUCUCGUGGAAAGGAGACCUGAGUGGAAAUUCUGGCAGUGA